AGCCAUUUCGGGGUGCUCAAACGGACGUAUGCCCCCGUCCGCCAUGGCGCGGUGGGACCUCAUCGCGUACCUAGUGAGGUAUGCGGGCCCAUCGCUGGAGGCCAACCUCAAGACGGAGGCCGACACACUGCUGCCGUACCUGGCCCUGGGGCUCCUGCGCGGACAGGAGUACGGCCCCUGGUACAACCCGCUGGUCGCCACCGAGGAGCGCGUGGGAACCCCCGUGGUGCUGGACGUCGGGGCAUACGACGGCGACUUCGCCUCCGAGGUGCUGCGCACGAUGGCCCGGGUGCACGACCCACCACGCAGCGGCCGGCGGCUGAAGCAGGAGGUCCGCCUGGUGUCCGUCGAGCCCCACCCGGCGGCGUUCCAGGAGCUCCGGGAGAGGGCCCAGGCGAGCGGCUGGGGCGACUCUGCCUUCUGCGCCCUGAACGUGGCGCUGUCCUCGGAGGCGCCCGGCCGCCGCCAGAGGCUCGUCGCCCCGCGUGGCCACCACGGCUCCCGGCAGGCGGCGCACCUCGCGAGGGCGGGGGAGGCCGCGGCGCCAGGCGAGGAGGAGGUGGAGGUGGAGGUGCUCACCGCGGACGGGCUGUUCGCGGAGGGGCGGUGCGGCCUGCGGCCCUCGCAGCCCGUGUUUCUGCUGAAGGUGGACUGCGAGGGCCACGACGGGCGCGUGCUGCGCGGCGCCGGCCGGCUGCUCGCUGAGGGCACGGUCAAGUACGUGCUGUUCGAGCACAUGGGAGGGUACGACUCGGAGGGCGUGGAGCCCAUCCUGGACUUGUUGUGGGGGCACGGCUACGGGUGUUUCUUCGUGCUGGACCGCCUCCUGGUGCCCGUGAGCGGGGGUUGGUUUCACCACGCCUGGCGCGACAGGACACGGGGCGGCCUGGUGUUCAACGUGGACGUGCUGUGCGCGCGCCCGCGCGACCGGGACCUGCGGGCUCUGGUGGAGGGCUACGUUACGCACGGGCACGCGGCCCGUGCGAGGGACGUCGUGCUGCGGGCGGUGGAGGACUGGAAGGAGGCGCAGCAGCCGGAGCCGCGCGCGGGCGGCGUCCGCGGGCUGCACGCGCUGGAUUCGAAGAUGCGGCUGGGCAGCAACGACCCUGCCGCCGGGGCCCUCUUCGCGGGCGACUUGCUGCGGCACGGCUACGGCGCCAGCCCCUCCCGCGUCGACCUGAGGCGCGCUCUCGGGUGGUUCCGCCGCGCCGCGGGCGCCACGGGCGACACCGCGUUGGGGAGGAGCUGGGCCGUGGAGGCGGCGGCCGUCGAGGUGGGCACGUGCUUUCACUUCGGCGACUGCGGGGCCCCGCGGGACCUCGACCUGGCCGCGGCGUGGUACUCCAAGGCCGCCAGCAUCUGGGCUUGUUGCUGCAGGAGCUAGCGAGGCUGGAGCGCAACGCGACCACGGCCGCGGCGGACCGCCCUGCCAGCGGUGCCGCCACGGCGGCGCACACUGCGCCGCCGGCCACCGCCGCCGCCGCGCCCGCUGCGCGUGCCGCGGCGACCUUCGCCGGCAGCGGAGAAGAGCUGCGCCGUCGGGGACGCCGAAACGGGGUCAGUCAACCCACUUCGAUCCGCUCUGGCUUGAAGCUGCCGCUGGCAACUGUUUGCCUCCCCUUCCCGCUUUCACGCUCGCACCGCGCUGCCCGCAGGUCGCCCACGCCGAACGCGCCACAUCCCAUUUCGCCAGCCGUUGGGCCCAGAGUGUCAUGACCAACCGCCGCACGCACACAUUUCCAGAGCAGCCCUGUGGCGCGGGGCAGCCGCGCGCCCGAUGCGCCGCGUGCUGACGGGGAGGGGAUGUGCUCGCCGCCUCUGACUUUCACAAUGGACAUGACAUUCUUACGCGAUCAUUUCCCGCCUGCAGGCUACGACUUGGGGUUCUCCCCAAGCAGAGGUGCUUUCCCGUAGCCAGAUCCUUCAGCAAUUUCGCUGGGCUGACUAUGGCGGCCCGCCCGCUUGUAGGCCUGGAGGCUUACCCAGUGAUCCUCCUCCCCCUCCUCG